AUGAGUAACAUACACAUUUUAUUAGUCUCUAAAGAAGCUAUUCUGUCGGCAAGAAACUUGAAAAACCAAAACCUUGGUGUUCUACCAGAACCAACACCUUUCCGUUUAGCACAAGCACCUUGCCUUUGUCUUGUCACAGCCUAUAAAUUAUUCAUUUAUUUUGAAAAUACCUGUUUAUAUACAUUCCAAUUAUUUCCAGAUGGUGAUGGAUGGACAGUUUGGACAGAAUGGAGUGACUGUAGUGCCGACUGUGGAAAGACCGGCAACUCAUCAAGGAGAAGAACGUGUAUAGAACCUAUUCCACAUCAAGGUGGUGCUGACUGUGAACGUUGGAGCCAAGAAGACGUACCUUGCCAAGGAAGUUGUCAUGGAGUAAGCGGUAACUGGAGCGAGUGGACAAUUUGGUCUCAGUGCAGCGUCCAAUGUGGACAAGGGAAUCAAACUAGAACACGGAAUUGUACAAACUCGACCGGAAGUGACUGUCAAGGAGAGAGCAUGGAACAACAAACAUGCACAUUGGACGAAUGUCAAGGUAUCUAAAAUUAAUAAAAUCUAAUAAUAUUUAUCGUUUAAAUAUCUUAAUGGAGUAAACGUAUAGGACUAUUAUCGAGUUAUUUAAGAUUUUGCUAUGUAGGUUUUGAUUUCCGAAUCGAUCAUGACUAUGAUACAAGAUUAUAGUAUUAUACAAGAAUUGUUUUGUCAAAU